AGACCACUAUCGAAAUUAUAUUUGUUUGUGGUAAAUACGCUAGAAUAUACGAAGAACCGAAAAGAUUAUAUGGUGGAGGAUUACACAGCUAUUGAAUCCAUAUUUUCAGUUUUCUACGCACAAAAUCAUGUAUGUUUCCAUACCCCUCAUAUAAACCACACUCCUGAAUGACUUGACAUGGAGUCCUAUUAUCUGUUUAAUGGCAGUAUGUCUCCAAAUCAAGUGCUGCCUCACCCCAGCUAUUACAACAGAACAGUGUACUGCCAGGAACACCAAAUACCACCUGAACUACAAAAUCGCACAUACAGAUGCCAAUCCCUGCCACCUGCAAGGCUUUGUCCCAAGUGUCAUCUUAUUCCUUUGCACCAUAAAGCUGGGACAAUUAAGUCCUUUGUCAAAGCACAUUUCCUGAAACUUGCUGAUGAAAAAAUCUCACAUUGGACUGAAUUUCAAAGUCACUUCAGAUACUACUGGCCAUCUUUUUAUAGAACCUGUGUAUAUAAGAUAAGAGAUAUGCGACAAAUAAAUCCAGCCCAAUAACUUAUAUGUGUGUUGAAACAUGCAAACAGUGUUGGUCACAUCUGCCAAUGAUGAUCAUUGGGAAUCAAGACCAGAGACCAAGUAUGACAGGCUAGACCAAACAAACAAACAAGUAAAGGAGGUGACCAGCCUACUUAAGGAUAAUGUUGAGAAAGUGUUAGACCGAGGUGAAAAAAUUGACCGCCUGCAAGAGAGGUCAGAGGACCUGGAGUCAAAUGCCAUCAACUUCCAGUCUACCUCUCGGCGCCUCCGCAGAAAGAUGUGGUGCAAAAACUGUAAAAUGAAUUGCAUCAUUGCUGCAGUUGUGUUUGGAGUCAUCGCUGUAGUUGUUCUCAUUAUUGUGUUAUCUAUAAAGCCAUGGGAAAACAAUAACAGUGAUGGUGGUGGCAACAAUGGUGGUCAUGGUAACGACACGCUGACAAUGUGAGGUCAAAGGUCAUCAAGAACACAGAGUGUUACAUUGCAAUGUAACAUCCCAAAACAGUGAAACCAAACCCUGAAUAUUCUGUAAACCUGUAUAGCCUCAUUGUAUACAAACCAAAGUUGUAAAUUUUAUUUGAACAUGUAGUAGUUUUAAAUAAUGUACUGUGAUAUUGUAUGGUGCUAGCUAAUCAGUAUCUGCUGAAUUCUUACAUUAUCUACUUUCAGAUAAUUCAUUUUUAUGGGGAUUUGAUUUUGGUUUCUCGAUGGGUACUCUAAAUCCAGUCAACGAAACAAGAAAAAAGUUGACAUGAAUUACAGAACUUAUGGAUUUUUGUGAGCAAGAUUUUCCACGAAAUUAAGUGCAAAUAAAAUGCAUAUAGUGUAUACUGUUGAACCUCAUUAUCUUAAAGUUGGAGGGGUGAGGGAGAAACAAUGUUAUGAGAACAUUCAAUUUCGACGAGUUCAAAUGUUUGUAUUGAAGUAUGGUCGAGACUGACUAAAUACGUUGAAAUAAACUAGGUCCUUGAGUUAUAUGAGUUCAAGAUAAGAAGGUUCAACUGUACAUCUGUUUAAUAGCUAUGAAGAUAAAUACAAUUUUUUAAAGUUAUUUGGUAUUUUUUUUCUAUCAAGAUGUACUGCAAAUUAAUUGAAUGACAUGAUAAAGUAUUGCAAGCUGAAAUUAAAAUGUAUAUUGAGAUUUAAGUAGUGCACAUUUAGGAUGUUGUAAUAUGUUACACAAAUAAAUGUUGGAAGAAACUUAAAGAAAAAAGAACAAAAUAUCAAAUUUAAAACUGAUUUAUAUGUCCAGAUGCAGUAGAUAUAUACAUAUGAAUGAUAAAUAAAAUGAUUACAAAUA